AUGGCACCGGCAGUGACAGAAUAUCUGAGCAACAUAGCAGCCCCGAUGGUCAACCAGAGCGAUCUACCAUUCCGGCAGCUCGUCAGAAGAUACAAGGCCUCGCUCGUCUACACCCAAAUGCUCCUUCCCGAUCGUCUUCUCAACGACCACGAAUACCUGGAAUUUCAUUUGCGCGAACUGGGGGAUCCUUUUGACAGACCUGUAGUUGUACAGCUAUGCGGAAACGACCCGGAGAUCGUGGUCAAGGCCGCAAGGUCUGUGCAGGGGUCGUGUGACGCCAUCGAUCUUAACCUCGGCUGUCCGCAGGACGCUGCACGAGACGGGCAUUACGGAGCGUACCUCCUCGGCCGGAAAGAUUGGCCCCUCGUAGAGGGGAUAGUCUCAGCAAUGUCUCGCUCGCUCACAGUCCCAGUCUCAACGAAAAUUCGACUUUGCCAGCCAGCAGCCGCGACGAUCGAGUUCGCGCAGCGACUGGAAGGCGCGGGAGCGUCGUGGGUUACCCUUCAUGCGCGCCACGUCUCCGCGCGGAGGCGCCGACAAGGUGCAGCCGAUUUGGAGCAGGUAAAGAAGCUGAAGGAGGGCCUAACCAUACCGGUUGUGAGUAACGGGAAUGUGCGCAUAUGGGAAGAUGUCGAGACAAAUCGCGCGUAUACGGGGGCGGAUGGGAUUAUGGUGGGCGAGACUUUGCUGGCCAAUCCAUGUCUGUUCGCGAAUGUCGUUCCCGAUCCUGUGAAGAUCUCGUUGGAAUAUCUUGAUCUAUGUCGCGCACUCCCCAGCACAGUGAUUUUGCAGACCAUGCAAACGCAUGUUCGGCAUUUCGUUGACCACCAAUGUGGUCGGCGGCCUUGGUUCAAUAAGUUCAGGACUGCACUGAAUCGCUGUCAGUCAGUCGACGACAUCGAACGGCUUUUACGGGUGAAGGUGCAGCGAUGGCGUGGAGUCGCACCUUUUCCUGGAGAUGACUUGGAAGCAGACGGCCUCCACGAGGUCGGUCAGCCAGAGAGUAUGGAUGAAGUGCUAUCGGCAAUAUCUCUCGUCAGAUAA